AUGUUCCCUGAUUUUCUGUUACUGAGAUCAAAUGAACUCAGGGCAUUACAAUUGGACCAUAAUGAAAUACUGUCACUACCAGAUACAAUUUCUAGUUUUAAAAAUCUAGUAACUCUUGACAUUAGUGCUAACAACAUGACCCAGCUUAGUUCAGAACUUGUGAAAUUACAUAACCUAAAAACUUUUAUAGCUAGAAAUAAUUGUUUUGAUACAGAUAGUCUUCCUAAAGAUUUUGGACUUCUUCGAUCUUUAGAAGUGUUACACCUUGGAGGCAAUAAUUUUAUAGAUAUGCCAGCACAAAUUACAGAAUUACCCAGUCUGAGAUGUUUGUAUAUGGGUGGAAAUAAGAUAUCACAUAUUGGAGGCAAUAUUAAAGAUUUUUCAAAAUUAGAAAUUUUAUAUCUGGGUGGAAAUUGUCUAGUUGAAAUUCCUGCUGAAAUUGGCUACCUCCAGAAAUUGACAGCAUUAGUGCUUUGUGACAACCAAAUUCAGAGUCUUCCACCGACGCUGAUACAUCUACAAAGUUUGCGCUCCCUCAGUUUACAUAACAAUCAAAUUUCAACUCUACCAACAGCUUUAGUUUCACUCAAUAUAGUGGAACUAAGUCUACGAAACAAUCCUCUAGUCGUGAAAUUUGUGCAAGAUCUAGUCUACAACCCACCAACCUUGUUAGAGCUCUCAGGGCGUUGUGUUAAAGUCGAAAACCUUCCUUAUUCCAAACAAGAGCUACCAUCAAAUUUGAUGCAAUAUUUAGAUUCAGCAAAGCACUGUGUUAACCCUAAAUGCAAAGGUAUGCAUCCAACCAUUAUACUGGUCACACUCACAGCCCAUUUCUUAUCUGAUGUAUUUAUUUCAGGGGUAUAUUUCUCAUCACAUGUAGAACAAGUCAAGUUUGUUGAUUUCUGUGGUAAAUACAAACUACCAUUACUGCAAUAUUUAUGUUCACCUAGUUGUUCCACAGUGAAUCCAGUCAGUGAAAGUGAAAGUGAAGACAGUGAAGAUAGUGCUAAAGAAAGAAUGAGAAGAGUUCUUCUGGGUUAA